AUGAACGAAAUCAACCAGGACCUUCGGCAGCAGACGCCUUUGGCGACGCGUGUCUCGAAGGCAUGCGAUCGUUACUGUACAAGCAACAACACCAGGCCUGUCACAUCGAGACAGGUCGGCUCGACGACAGAGACGCCAGUGUCGCGUCCAACGACCGCUAAACGAAGGCGGAAGGGAGAGUCUACAGAUGACGAUGAGCGUCGAUUGCACCCUGUUCACCGCCUCCAGUCCUUGGAAAGCACUGAUGACCACCCCACCGAGACUGGACACUUUGACAAUCAUCUUGGCAACACUCGCAGUGAUACAGGAGAUGAUGGGGAAGCCGAAUCUACCAUGAGUAUGGCCCGGAAAAUUUACAGUCUCGAUCAACGACAGCUUGAUGAGUUUGCCGUGAGUGCUAUACCGGGAGCCGAGAACGGUAAUCCCACACUAUCUGCACCCUCGCCAGUGAUCGAGAAAUACCCGACGAGCGCAUUCCUGACACAUCCUUUGCCACCAUCCGAAGUGAUCAUUGAUCUCUUGGACGAAUACUUUUCUUCCGUGCAUUGA